AUGUCGAAAAAAUACGGUCUAAUUGAACGUGGUGCCGAUUCCGGGCCGGUCAAGAAACAUGCAGCAUUUGCAAGCGAUUCGGAUUCCGAAGACGGCGGUGGUACAAGCAAAGUGAAGAUAGAACUUGGCGCGAAUCAAAAGCGACAGGCACAGGCGAUGCAGCAGAAGGCGAUCGAGGAAGAUCCAACCAUCUACCAGUAUGACGAACUGUACGAUGAUAUGGUAGAAGAGAGGGAGAAAAGCUCUGUUCAAGCCAAGGAACAGACUGUGGAUCGAAAGCCUAAAUACAUUGGCAAGCUGCUUGAAACGGCGGAACGUCGAAAAAAGGAACACGAGCGUCGUAUUGAGCGGCAGGUGCAAAAGGAACGCGAUGCGGAAGGAGAGAAGUUUAAGGAUAAAGAAUCGUUCGUAACAUCCGCCUACCGUGCGAAGUUGGAGGAGAUGAAAAAGUUAGAAGAGCAAGAAAAGCGCGAAGAAUACCUCGAAUCAAUCGGGGACGUAACGAAGCAGUCCGAUUUGGGAGGAUUCUAUCGGCAUAUUUAUGAACAGAAAACAAAGAAUGAAGAAAAGGACGACAAGCAUACACAAGACACGGCACAACAGCAAGAUUUGUCUCGUGAUGAUGAAUCGGCUCGUGCAAGUGUUGAACGUGGAGAAACAUCAGAAAAACAGGAGAAACACGAUCGACCGAAGGCUUCUAAUCAGCGGGAACGUAAAUAUCGCAAAAGAAAGUCAGAGGAUGAAAAUGACGAACCGGCAGAAGAUCAUCGAACGACGGAGCGAACACAUCUGCAAUCGAAUCUAGACGCUGAUUCAGACUUCAGCAUUGAUUCGGAUAGCAGCGAUAGUAGCUCUUCCGAGAGUGAACAAGAGGAGCAAAGCAAGCAAGACGAUAAGGAAGAUGGAAAGGAAACGAAUGGUCACACAAAGUCCGUAUCGGAUGCAAAGGAAGCAACAGGAGAGUCGCCAAAGGAACCGAUCGUCACGGAAGAACCGGAAAUCAAAAAGCCCAAACCACCACCGAUAGACAUCUGGAAGAAGCGCACUGUGGGCGAAGUGUUUGAAGCUGCACGGCAACGAUACUUUGAAAGACGCCAGCUGCAGGAGUCGUACUAG